ACACCUCGACAACACACCCUCCCUUUCCUCUCGUCGUCAAAUCUGAAUUCAUACUCAGCUUUGGCGACCACGAUAUGAAAAUAUCCUGAUCAGAAUAGAGCGGCGGGAAGCCUGAGCGUACAGGCAAAAUGGCCGCCUCAACCAACCGAUCGUUUGAAUAUUUGGAGCAGCUGCCUGGCGUGACUUUUCAGAAGCUGUACCAACAGCCUUCUACAGCUCUUGCAAUCUUCCGACGCAUGCUUCCCGACCUUGCAAAAUGCCUUGUCAUGGCACUGCUCUAUAUGCGAGACCCUCUUCCGGCGGCAGAUCUCGAGUUAUGGAUCAAAGGGGAGAGCAAGAAAGAGCGGGACCAUGCUAUAUCCAUCCUCGGAAGACUUCACAUCAUGACGAAUACAAUGACUUCGAAUCAAGUCCGAGCGUACAUGGUGACGAAUCCAUUCGCUUCAUCCUUACGACAAGCUCUUACUGGUGCCGAAAACUCACAGUCUUUCGGCGUGCCUUGUUCAACCCCUGAUCCGAAUCCCGUGUCUAUUGCAGAUCUUGACGAAUAUGCUCGGAGGCAAUGGGAAGGGGUUCUGGGAUACAUGGUUGGAACCAGCGGGCCGGGUGUUCGCGAAACUGUUAGUCUUAGUCGAGGUGUGAAACAGCUCUUACAGGCUGGCCAUCUCGUCGAAAUUCACCACGGCAGAGUCGAUAUCACCCAAGAUGGCUUCGCCUUUGUGCUACAAGAUGUCAACACUCAAGUUUGGCAAAUUAUCAUCCUAUACGUUGAGAGCGCCAAAGCAUUGCAAGUCAAUGACGUCGAAGUUCUUUCGUUCAUAUUUCUAUUGAGCAGCUUAGAGCUUGGCCAGUCGUAUGAAAAGAAACAUCUUACACCGGAUCAGCUACGUGCUUUGACCGAUUUGACGGACUUUGGCAUUGUAUAUCAAUACCCCUCAGCAGCCGAGGCCGACCGAUUCUACCCUACAAGAUUAGCAACUACACUCACUUCCGACUCUAGUGCCCUUAGUAACACGAUGUCCAGCGCGUUAUCAGCUCAGACGAACGCUGCCACAGGAGAACCAGGGUCUGGAUUCAUCAUUAUCGAAACAAAUUACCGCCUGUACGCAUACACAUCAUCACCCCUUCAAAUUUCUCUCAUUGCGCUAUUCACAACACUCAAAUAUCGGUUCCCCAACCUCGUCACCGGUAAAAUCACGCGACAAUCCAUCCGUCGUGCAGUUGAAAUGGGCAUCACAGCCGACCAAAUCAUAUCCUACCUAUCCACUCACGCACAUCCUCAAAUGCGAAAAGAAGAUGCAGUCAAAUCCACCUCGAAUACAGCUGGAUUACCGCGGUCAGUGUUACCGCCUACAGUAGUCGAUCAAAUUCGACUUUGGCAACUCGAAAGAGACCGCAUCAAAGCCACCCCGGGGUUUCUAUUCAAAGAGUUUGCUUCCCUUGCAGAAUACGAGGGUCCUUGUCGUUAUGCCGAGGAGAUUGGGGUAUUGGUCUGGAAAUCAGACCGGAAGCGCAUGUUUUUUGUGACUCGAUAUGAACAAAUAGUCUCUUAUUUGAAAAGUCGAAGUUCAUAA